AUGCAAUUUCAGAUCAUAUUCCGGUACCUGGUGACAUUUCUACUGUUUCGCGUGACAUUUCAGCAAUUCGUCGAAUUCUACGCGGACUACAAGAAUUACCACCGCGACGAUGAGGUGAAGUACUCAUUCCGCUACGCCAUCGACAAUCCCCAGGACGGCCUCGUGAUGGACCACUGGGAGGGACGGCGAGGUGAUCAAGUGUCAGGAAGCUAUGCUCUUCUCGAGCCCGGCGGCGUCAUUCGCACCGUGCGAUACGAAGUGAGCGGCGACAGCGGCUUCAGGACAGCCAUCAGAACGAGAACGCCAGCCUCCAACCAGUACCAAUUCAUCUACACCAGAGCAUCCGACCGGCGGCAGCCUCUGCAGCCCGUGCAGCACGCAGAGCCGGUGGCUCUCGUUCAGCAGCCCCCUUUCCAAUAUUUCACCAAAUAAACACCGCCGAAGAACGCUCUUGAGUGGAGAUUUUGCGACUUUUUAUCUAUCCGCCAGAUCUUCCUGAAUUCCAUGAAAAGAGAACUUAAUCACCCCAGAAUUGAAGAGAAGAAGUGAAGGCUUUCAAGCUCUCAAUAAUCUUACAACUAUCUCUAUUUGAGACUCUUUUUCAGCUGGCGAAAGCAACAUCUAACGUCUCACAAUCUUAUCUUUGAAAUGUUUUAUUCAUAAAGGCGAGCAGAAUUCGAGAGAAAAGACAGGAUUUUUUUUUAAUAAAAACUGUUCUGCUAAUAAAAACUGCCAAAAUAUUUACCGUAUUAAGACAUACAAUGCUGAGUGAAAAGACGUGUAAGUUUUGAAUUCAACCCAGCCUUGAUGAUUUAUCUCCAUUUCAAUUGAAGUCUUGAAAAGAAGUAGUUACAGUAUUAGUGCAAAUUUUAGCCGCCACCCACGCAAUCGUCUUGUUUUCGUCUCUAAAGUGUGAUCUUGGUCUAUUUCGAUAGGAAUUUGAAAACUGGGUAAACUGGAAUUACUCUGAAGAAUUCAAUUAAUGGGAUAUUAACAUGCAGAAGUCAUAAAUUAAACAUAUUCAAUCGU